UUUUUCGAGCGAGUGCGUCGAGAUUGCAGCCAUUACUCACUGUGCUGCCAGUGCUUCACACAUCUCUACCGCUUUAAGUCUCUCCGUGACAGAAACCGCCUGAAUAAAGGCAGGCUAAAUUAUCCUCUCUGUUUACUGGGCUGGCCUCCUCGCCAGCCGAACCACACCGACAUGGACCCAGCAAGCCGUUACCAAGUGUUGCACAACGAAGAAGAUUCUUCAGAGGCUUCCCCCACCGAAUCACAGCCCUGCACCUCAGCGUCAGCCAGGGCUGACGCAUCUGGACAGGACCAGAGGGAGAGCCAGGCCAGCGCGGCUCCAGCUCCUGCAGCAGCGGAAGCAGAGGCGCCGCCGCCUCCAUACGCCUCCAUCGAGCCGGGGGCGACUGCCGCAGCACCUGACACCAGUUUCCAAGGCGACUUCCCAGUCCCUCCACCCUACAGUGUCGCCACGUCACUACCAACCUAUGACGAAGCAGAGAAGGCAAAAGCAGCCGCCCUGGCUGCCUCUGCUGUAGAGGUUUUGCCCCGGGACGAUGACUUCCCUCCCAGGGACGAUUUCAGCGACGCCGAUCAGCUUCGAGUCGGAAACGACGGAAUCUUCAUGUUGGCCUUUUUCAUGGCCUUCCUGUUCAACUGGAUCGGCUUCUGUUUGUCCUUCUGUCUGACCAACACCAUCGCAGGGCGUUACGGAGCCAUCUGCGGCUUCGGCCUCUCUCUCAUUAAGUGGAUCCUCAUCGUCAGGUUUUCAGACUACUUCACUGGCUAUUUUAAUGGCCAAUACUGGCUGUGGUGGAUCUUCCUGUUGCUGGGCCUCCUGCUCUUCUUCAGAGGUUUUGUGAACUACCUGAAAGUGCGCAACAUGUCAGAAAACAUGGCCACGUCACACAGAACGCGCCUCUUCUUCCUCUACUGAAAGUUUCCAUGCUGACGGCAUUCCUUUUUCCUGUGCAGUUCCUUCCCUCGCAUGACUCGACCCCCGGUGCCCGACAGCGAGGAGAGGAAGCAGGGAAGGAAGGAAGGAAAGAAGUAAAGAGAAGGUGUUAGCAUAUUAAUCCAGGAGUCUAUUUCAAUUUUAAUUUGCUUUGAGGAAGAUAAUUAAAUCCCAGAAGAUUUUCCUCCAUUCCACCUCUACUUGCGUCGGGCUUAUGUGUUUCUUAAAGCACAACAUAAAAAAAACCCCCAAAUCUCUCUUUAAGAAAAAAAGAAAAGAAAGGAAAAACAUGAAGGAAUCUAUUAAACUAAAUGUAAUCUGUAUUUUUCCAGUUUGCAAAUUCAGUGUUAAGAGUUAAAAA